AUGACCAACUUUUAUUUGGUGUUAAAAGCUGGCCUUUAUCGUUUCUUCGCAGUAGACACAACGUAUGUGAUGAAGAAACUCGCGCUCUUAGUUUUUCCCUACGUGCAUCAGAACUGGGAGGUUCGCUACCACAGAGAUGUCCCCCUCCCUCCACGCCAAGAUGUCAACGCUCCGGACCUGUAUAUUCCCAGUAUGGCCUUUAUUACCUAUAUCCUUCUUGCUGGGAUGGCUCUUGGAUUACAGAAAAGGUUUUCUCCAGAGGUGCUUGGAAUGUGUGCGAGUACCGCCUUCGUUUGGGUCGUAAUUGAAGUUCUGGCCCUCUUGCUUGGCCUUUACCUGGCGACCGUUCAGAGCGAUCUGAGUACGUUCGACCUUCUGGCUUACUGCGGCUACAAAUACGUUGGGAUGAUUCUUGCUGUGGUGGGUGGCCUCGUCUUCGGAAGUAAUGGCUAUUAUAUUGCCUUAGCCUGGGCGUCUUGCGCUCUGAUGUAUUUCAUGGUCCGCUCCUUACGGAUGAAGGUCCUGCCGUCCCUCGUCCAAGAGGGGAUGGGCCGGCCGAGCGGGCGGGCGCAGAUGUACGUCACCCUGGCGGCCGCGGCUUUCCAGCCGCUGAUCCUCUACUGGCUGACGGUGCAGCUGGUGCAUUAAACCCCGACGCCGGGCGUUGAGGGGAGGCGAGUGUCGAAAAAAACGAAGCGACGUGAAGAAGACCAUUUCUGCAGAUAGAUGGCUCUACCCCCAUCCACCGCCCCCCCCCGGUUUUAUCCGGACUGUCCGCCGUUUGCCGCCUUGAUCUUGGCAGAAAAAGGGAAGAUCAUUUUAUUUUUUAAAAAAAGUGGCGGUGCAAGUGCUGGUCGAAAGAUCUCGGCCGGAUCCCCUCCCCGAGGCCCUUGAUCGGGUGGUUUUCUUCCUACCUGCCCUCCUUGCUGGAAAACAGGACACGGGGCGGCCAAGAACCGGGGGGGGGGAACCCAAAUCAUCUUGAGACGUCUUUCUUCCCCGGAUCUGUCUUAACUAUGCAAACCUUGAAGAGCAGAAUUCCCCAUGUCCCUUUCCUUUUUUAGAUUUUUUCUCCUCCUUGGUUUAACACAAAGUGCCAUUUCGUGCCCGGCCCGUUCCGGCGCCCGACUCUGUUCCUCUCGCUCCAUUUAAGUAAUGGCUCUUCCUUGUUUCCCAGCUGGGGGUGAGGUUUGGCCCGCACUUUCCCCCUCCUAAGCACCGGCAGCUCUCUUAGCCAGAACCCUUCCUUUUUCCCGCACGUCCCCAAAUUUACGGCCUUCGCCAGCCAUGAACGAAGGUUUAUUCUCGAGGUAUUUUUAUACACGCCACCUUGUUCUCUUUAAGUUGACUUUCCUUGAUUGAACAGCACCCCCCCCCAACAUUCAGGCGAGCUGUGCGUUGGGGCGGCUCAGUUUUUAUUUUUUUAAAAAUUGUAGGAAAUCUGCAGAAGCCAAGCCUUGCAUGGUAUCUCCUAUCAGAGAGAGGGGGGUUAUUAUUAUUUUCAACGAAAACCAACUUAUUUUGACUUUUCCUGCCCUUUUCAAGGAGGGCGGGCUUGUGAAAGCAACGAUAAAACUUGUACAAACUGGUUC